UGAUCGAACCCUUGGACUACGAGAAUGUCAUCUCUCAAAGGAAAGCGCAGAUUUACAGCGAUCCGCUCCGGGACUUGCUUAUGUUUCCCAUGGAAGAUGCCUCGGUCUCCAUCGUCGCUCGCCAGAGGAGGACGAUUCACUCCACCGUGCCAGAAGAUGCUCUGAAAAAGGCACAGAGUCUCUUUGUCAAAGAGUGUAUUAAAACCUACAGCUCAGACUGGCAUGUCGUGAACUACAAAUAUGAGGACUACUCGGGGGAUUUCCGGAUGUUACCAUGCAAAUCCUUCAGGCCAGACAAGAUUCCCAGCCACGUGUUUGAAAUCGAUGAAGACCUUGAAAAAGAUGAGGACUCCUCAUCACUGUGUUCCCAGAAGGGUGGCGUGAUAAAGCAGGGCUGGCUCUACAAGGCCAACUUCAACAGCACCAUCACGGUGACCAUGAAGGUGUUCAAAAGAAGAUACUUCGACCUAACACAGCUUCCGGAUGGCUCCUAUAUCCUCAACUCCUACAAAGAUGAAAAGACUUCCAAAGAAUCGAAAGGCUGCAUCUUCCUGGAUUCGUGCGUUGACGUCGUCCAGUGCCCUAAGAUGCGGCGCUACGCCUUUGAGCUCAAGAUGCUGGAGAAGUACAGCCACUACCUGGCCGCCGAAAGUGAGCCAGAGAUGGAGGAGUGGCUGGUGACCUUGCGGAAGAUCAUCCAGAUCAAUGCAGAGAGCUUGGUGCAAGAGAAGAAAGAGGUGGUGGAGUCCAUGCCAGAUGACGAGUCGGUCGGCCUGGGAAAGUCGGAGAACAUCCUGGAGAGCUUAGAGAGGAGCAUGCACCCGGAGCUGAUGAAGUACGGAAGAGAGACGGAGCAGCUGAACAAGCUUAGCAGAAACGAUGGGAGGCAGAACCUCUUCUCCUUCGAUCCCGAAGUCCAGAGGCUCGAUUUCUCUGGCAUAGAGCCGGACGUGAAGCCUUUUGAGGAAAAAUGCAGCCAGCGCUUUCUGGUGAACUGUCACUCCUUGACUUUCAACCUCGUCGCCCACUUGAACGACCACGCAAAAGACCCGCCCACAAAUGUGGAGCCGUUCUUCCUCAGCCUCGCGCUGUUCGAUUUGAAAAGCUGCUGCAAGAUUUCGGCAGAUUUCCACGUGGACUUGAAUUCCCAGCCUGUACGAGAAAUGCUGCCCGACCUUCCCACCCAAGAUGCUGGAAGCCACCCUGCUCACGGCCGCUUCUUCCAUGGAAUUCCUGAAUCACGCUUGUGCUACGUAAAGCAGGGGGUCUUCUCUGUCACAAACCCACACCCAGAAAUCUUCCUGGUCAUCCGGGUGGAGAAAGUUCUUCAAGGAAGCAUCACGCAUUGCGUGGAGCCCUAUAUCAAGAACUCUGACCCCAUAAAGACGGCACAGAAGGUCCACAAGCUGGCCAAAGUGGUGUGCAGCCGGCUUGGACAGUACAGGAUGCCCUUUGCCUGGGCUGCCCGACCUGUCUUCAAAGAUUCCCAAGGCACUUUGGACCUUGAAAGCAAAUUCUCCCCUCUCUACAAACAGGACAGUGGCAAGCUCUCAACGGACGACCUGCUGAAACUCUUGGCGGAGUAUAAGAAACCAGAAAAAACCAAACUGCAAGUAAUACCUGGCCAGUUAAAUAUUACCUUAGAGUGUGUUCCCCCAGACUUCUCAAACUGCAUCACUGCCUCUUACGUCCCCAUCAAGCCCUUUGAGAAAGAUGACCCGGGCCGCAGCAUUGCGAUGGAGGUGGAGGAGUUUGUCCCGGACGUUGCCAAGUACUGCCACCCCUUCACCAUCUACAAAAACCAACUCUAUGUCUACCCUUUGCACUUAAAGUAUGACAGCCAGAAGACAUUUGCCAAGGCAAGGAACAUUGCUGUCCGUGUGGAAUUCAAAGACUCGGAUGAAGGCGAGGCCAAAGCUUUAAAGUGUUUAUAUGGCAAACCUGGGGGCCCUCUCUUGACGUCAAGUGCCUAUGCUUCUGUGCUGCAUCAUAAUCAGAGCCCCGAAUUUUAUGAUGAGAUCAAAACCGAACUUCCCAUCCACCUCCAUCCAAAGCAUCAUUUGCUCUUCACCUUCUAUCACGUCAGCUGCGAAAUUAACGCAAAGGGGACGGCGAAAAAGCAGGACGCGGUCGAGACGACAGUGGGUUUUACCUGGCUUCCAUUACUGAAGGACGGUCGGAUCAUCACCGCGGAGCAGCACUUGCCUGUUUCGGCCAAUCUGCCGGCUGGCUACCUGAACGCCGGGGACACUGAGGCACGAAAACAACCAAGUGUGGACAUUAAGUGGGUCGAUGGGGGGAAACCCCUCUUCAAGAUCAAGCUCCAUCUGGAAUCGACCAUUUACACCCAAGACCUCCACCUCCAUAAAUUCUUCCAGUAUUACCAGACGAUCCAGACAGGGGCCAAAGAAAUCCCAGGAGAGCUUGUUAAAUAUUUGAAGUGUUUGCACGCCAUGGAGAUCCAGGUGAUGAUUCAGUUUCUGCCUGUGAUUCUGACACAACUCUUCCGGGUCCUCACCCACCGGACACAAGAAGAGGAGGUGGCUGUCAACUGUGCCAUGGUUCUCCUCCAUGUCGUAUCCAGAUGCCACGAGGAAGGCCUCGAACACUACCUAAGGUCUUUCAUAAAGUAUUGCUUUCGCCCUGAGAAGCCCGCUGUGCCACAGGCUAAGAUGACCCACGAAAUCUUGGCCGUCGCGAUGGCCACCGUUCUCAAGCAGUCUGCGGAUUUCUUGGCCAUCAAUAAGAUGCUGAAGUAUUCCUGGUUUUUCUUCGAAGCCCUGGCGAAGUCGAUGGCGAUGUACCUCCUGGAGGAGAACAAGAUUAAGCUCCCCAGAGUUCAGCGUUUCCCCGAGUCGUACAAUAACGUCUUGCACUCCCUGCUCCUCGCCAUCAUCCCCCAUGUGAACAUUCGUUACAGCGAAAUCCCGGAGGAGUCGAGAAACGUCAACUUCAGCUUGGCCAGUUUUCUCAAGCGAUGCUUGACGUUCAUGGACCGAGGGUUUAUCUUCACCUUGAUCAAUGACUACAUCUCCGGAUUCAGUCCCAAAGAUCCCAAGGUUCUGGUGGAAUACAAGUUUGAAUUUCUGCAGACCAUUUGCAACCACGAGCACUACAUUCCUUUAAACCUCCCGAUGACCUUUGCCAGACCAAAGCUUCAGCGGGUUCAAGACACGAAUCUGGAGUACAGCUUGUCUGAUGAAUACGGCCGCCAUCACUUCCUCGUGGGCUUGCUCCUGAGAGAGACAUCUGUUGCACUUCAAGACAAUUACGACAUCCGCUACCUAGCCAUCAGUAUCUUAAAGAGCCUUCUCAUAAAACAUGCUUUUGACAAUAGAUACCAGCAUAAGAACCAGCAAGCCAAAAUAGCGCAGCUGUAUCUGCCUCUGGUCGGGAUCCUUCUGGAGAACAUCCAGCGGCUGGCCGGUCGAGACGCCCUGUACUCCUGCACGACCCUGUCCAAUUCUGCAUCCAGAGAUGAGUUUACGUGCAACUUUACAUCCCCUUCCAACAGAUCCAGCCUCCUGGUUGAUAAAGAUGCACUUUAUGGGGCAGCCCUCCCAAAUGGCCUCCCCAUGAAGAGGGAGGACUCCAAAGGAUCUCUCAGCUCCGAAGGAGGGGGUGGCUCUCCAGAACAAGGCGGCACGGGUGAAAAUAUGCCGAGGGGUUCCACGCGAAGCAGCAUCUCCCAGUUUGGGCGCCUGGACCGGUACGAGAUCCGGAGCCUUCUCGUCUGCUAUCUUUACGUCAUCAAAAUGAUCUCCGAAGAUACCUUGUUAACCUACUGGAACAGAAUAUCACCCCAAGAGCUGAUGAACGUCUUAGUUCUUCUAGAAGCGUGUUUAUUUCAUUUCAGAUACAUGGGGAAAAGAAACAUUGCCAGAGUCCAUGAUGCUUGGUUGUCGAAGCAGGUGGCCGUUGACCGGAAAUCACAGACGAUGCCGGCCCUCCGCAGCAGGACAGGCACCAUGCAGGCCCGCCUUCAGCACCUGAGCAGCCUGGACAGCUCCUUCACACUCAACCACAGCGCGGGCUCAUCCGAAGCCGAUAUCCUGCACCAGGCUUUGCUCGAAGGCAACACAGCAACAGAGGUGGCUCUCACUGUCCUCGACACCCUGUCUUUCUUCACCCAGUGUUUCAAGAAUCAGCUCCUGAACAACGAUGGGCACAACCCGCUGAUGAAGAAGGUUUUCGAUAUCCACCUGGCCUUCCUCAAAAAUGGGCAGUCCGAGGCCUCCCUGAAGCACAUCUUCGCCUCUCUGAGAGCGUUCAUCAACAAGUUCCCUUCGGCGUUCUUCAAGGGGCGGGUGAACAUGUGUGCGGCCUUUUGCUACGAGGUGCUCAAGUGCUGUACCUCUAAGCUGAGCUCGACCCGGAACGAGGCCUCGGCACUCCUCUACCUCCUCAUGAGGAACAACUUUGAGUUCACCAAGCGGAAGACCUUUUUAAGAACCCACCUGCAGAUUAUCAUUGCGGUCAGCCAGCUGAUCGCCGACGUGGCGCUGAGCGGGGGCUCCAGAUUCCAGGAAUCCUUAUCUAUUAUCAACAACUUUGCCAACAGCGACCGGCCAGUUAAGGCGACGGCUUUCCCUUCCGAAGUCAAAGACCUAACCAAGCGGAUCCGGACGGUGCUGAUGGCCACGGCCCAGAUGAAGGAGCACGAGAGGGACCCCGAAAUGCUGGUCGACCUCCAGUACAGCCUGGCCAAGUCGUACGCCAGCACGCCGGAGCUGAGGAAGACCUGGCUGGAUAGCAUGGCCAAGAUCCAUGUCAAGAACGGGGAUUUCUCCGAGGCAGCCAUGUGCUACGUCCACAUCGCGGCCUUGGUGGCAGAGUUCCUUCAUCGCAAAAAAUUAUUUCCUACUGGAUGCUCGGCUUUCAAGAAGAUCACGCCCAACAUUGACGAGGAAGGUGCAAUGAAAGAAGAUGCCGGGAUGAUGGAUGUUCAUUACAGUGAAGAAGUCCUGGUGGAGUUACUGGAACAGUGUGUGGAUGGCCUGUGGAAGGCAGAGCGCUACGAAACCAUUUCAGAGAUUGCUAAACUGAUCAUCCCCAUCUAUGAAAAGCGUCGCGAAUUUGAGAAACUUACCCAACUGUACCGAACACUCCACGGAGCUUACACUAAAAUCCUGGAAGUGAUGCAAACCAGAAAAAGGCUGCUGGGCACCUACUUCCGAGUAGCUUUUUAUGGACAGACUUUCUUUGAAGAGGAGGAUAGCAAAGAAUACGUCUACAAGGAGCCCAAGCUCACAGGCCUGUCAGAGAUCUCCUUACGCCUGCUGAAACUUUACGGCGAAAAAUUUGGCACGGAGAAUGUCAAGAUCAUCCAGGACUCGCAUAAGGUGAAUGUCAAAGACCUCGACCCUAAAUAUGCCCACAUCCAGGUGACCUACGUGAAGCCCUUCUUUGACGAAAAAGAGCUGUCCGACAGGAAGACGGAUUUCGAGCGGAACCACAACAUCAACCGAUUCGUGUUCGAGGCGCCCUAUACGUUGUCCGGGAAAAAGCACGGGAGCGUGGAAGAGCAGUGCAAGAGACGGACGAUACUCACCACGGCCAACACUUUCCCUUACGUCAAAAAGAGGAUUCCCGUCAGUUAUGAGCAGCAGGCCAACCUGAAGCCCAUUGACGUGGCCACCGACGAGAUCAAAGCAAAGACGGCAGAACUGCAGCAGCUGUGCGCCUCCGCCGAGGUGGACAUGAUCCAGCUUCAGCUGAAGUUGCAGGGCGCUGUCUCCGUGCAAGUGAACGCAGGUCCGCUGGCCUACGCACGGGCUUUCCUGGAUGACAAGCACGCCAGCAAGUACCCUGCCAGGAAGGUGAACGAAUUGAAAGAAAUGUUCAGAAAUUUCAUCCAAGCCUGUGGGAUGGCGCUUGAGCUCAACGAACGCUUGAUCAAGGAGGAUCAGGCCGAAUACCACGAAGAACUGAAGUCCAACUUCAGAGACAUGGUGAAAGAGCUUUCUGACAUCAUCCACGAACAGAUCUAUCAGGAAGACACGAUCCAUGCCUCCUGGGUGCAGAACACCUUGCACGUCUUCUGCGCCAUCAGCGGGACGUCAGGAGAGGGCUACGGCUCGCCAAGAUCGAUGGGCGACCUUUGAAAGAGUCCCAGGAGCAACCGUUGACAUUCUGCAGACCUUUCUCAGGAAUACUUUGGACCGAAAGACGCUGGCAUCCAAACGCUUGAAUCAAGGCGGUUAAUUUUCUUCUUCCUCUUCUUUCUCUCCCCCCCUCCAAGUGGAUUUCAUACAGGGUACUUCCUUAACUUACAGACCACCCCAGAAAGUGCCUCCACCUUGCCUUCGUUCUAUCUUGCCUUCGUUUGGUUUGGUCCUGUCAAAUAUGACAACUCGAGCGUUUUUCCAACCUCGUGCUGAGGACUGGGCUUGAAAACGGUACCUGUGUAAAACUGUACAAGGGAAUAUAAUAAAGUGUAAAGCUUUUCCCCCA